AUGCACCAGCAAGUUAGCCAUCCUCCCGCAGCUCUUGGCAGAGACCAGCAAGGGGAGAAGCCCUUUGGCCAGGCAUUGCGGCAGCUGCUGAGAUGAGGCUGGAGAGAGAGGGAGGGGUGGAAAGGCGAGGAGGGGGCACACAGUGCCUGGUAGCCUCCGCCCCUCCCUCCCUCUCUGCUGGCCCGGCCAAGAGCUGGAGGUGGUCCCCGAGACAGCAAUAUGUAAAUCGCCCUGGUCCUGCCUCCGACUCCUGCCAGCUGCAGUCAUCUCCCUCUCGCUGGGCUGGCAGCGAUGUCAGGCGCUGCAACUGGGAGAAGCAGCCGCAGCAGCAGCAGAGCCGGGACUGGGAUGCCGCCGGCGACCACCGAGGCUGGGCUGGGGCCACUGGAGGGGAAGGCGGCGGCUGCCUUCAAAGCUGCACUAAUAAGGCAAAGGACCAGAUGUGGAAAUUUGUGUCUUUAAUCCAUCCCACAUGCUAAAAGGAUGAAAUCAUGGGACUUAGUCUCUCCUGCCUGAAAGGCUUUAAAACACACGUCAACAGAGGUGGCAGCAGCAGCAGCGGGGACAUUCCUGUCAUGGCUGACAAGCGCCUGAAAGUCCCAGACAUUAUUAUCACGCCUCCUACCCCCACAGGGAAGGCGCUGUCGAGAGACACCAGGCAGGAAGGUGAAGACUCCCCACACAACUGCUGAGCCAGAUGGUCUGGGAUUCGGCCGCCCGCAGUGGGGCCAGAGGGACCUGGAAUGUGGAGAUGCCACUAAAGAGCCCGGUGCUGUGAACAGCUUGCUCAGGAACUCAUCUGUGCCUCUGGGUUUCCCUAAGCCAUCCUCCGUUUCCCCUUUCUCCUUCCUUUGCCUGGGUUUAUGAAAAAAAUAUGAAUGGAUCUACAUAUACCUCACUGUUGGGACCGUUGCACUGUUAAAAACUGGCAGCCGGCGAGGAGGGCCUGUUGAGAAAUGAACUGGGCCAAUGGCAUCUGGAGAAGAAGAGCUGCUCCAGUGGGUGGGGUUGGAGAGCUGGGAGGAGAGGAAAGGUCUUGCAGGUGGUGGCCCCCUGCCUCCAAAGUCCCUGCUUAUAUCAAGCCUUUCCUUGGUGGUUUCAGUCAGUCUGGCCAAAUUACCGCAAGCCUGCCUUGGUCUAGAGCCCUGGUUGAUUUGAGUGCAGCAAGAUCACCAGUCCCUUUCUGUUGUGGAAUGAAUAGGCCAUAGCUCAGUAGUAGAGCAUUUGUCUUGCAUGCAGAAGGUUCCUAGUUUGACACACA